AUGAUCAGAGAAUGGGAGAAUGGCUGUCAGAAGACUGGAAAACAGAGGGCUAGAGAUUCAUGGGCCCAAGAAAGGAUGACUACAGAGGGGAAGUCAAAUAAGAAUGGAACACCAGUCCAAGUAUUCAAUAUAAGCGAUUCCUUUCAGGAUAAAGACUCCCUGUGCUGCCAGGGGGAUCCAUGUUCUGCUUCACCGUUGGGCAUAUGGACCAAAUUCUACAAAUCAGACCCACGCAUUGCCCUCGGAAAAUACUCCCCCUUGGAAAAAGAGAUCCUACGUCUAGGUGGUGUUCACACCAUAGCAGCCAGGAGGUUUCUGACUUAUAAGCAAGAAGAAGAACGGAAAAUGCUCAAGGAACUACAGGUGCUGUCUUCAGACUAUAAAAGGGCGGUGGAAUAUAGGAAGCAACUCACCCCUCCUUGUGCCCCCUGUGGACCCCUAGAAAAAAUCUGGACGGCGAAGGUGAUGGUGCCCCCGGUGGAGUUCAAAAUGCCACAACGGGAGAGGCUGAACAUCAACCUAAUGCUGAUGAAUCAGGAUUUUAUAUCACGGGGAAUCCACCCCAGUGAUGUGUCAAAGGCCAGCUGCCUGGAAGAAGGCAGCGCCUGGAAAGAGUACAUGCACAAAGCUGCUUCCCACCAUUAUUAA